AUGAAACCGCUCUUUACGCCCGAUUCGCCGCACCUCUUUGUGAACAAAUUUGUGAUGCACAUCAACGCCGACGUGAUGAGCGUGACGGAGCAGUGGUUCUACGACUGGCAGGACUGGUACUACCGCCAUGCCGACCAGAAUAUCACCAACCUUGACUACUACCGAAGCCUGCCACAGGUGCAAUAUCAGUCUGCGCGCAGAAACCAAAGUCCCUGA